UCCAUUUCACCCGACAGUCGCGUCAGCUCGCUCUUCUUCCCCACCGGCUCUUGAAAAUUCCUGUGGCGGAGGUUCCUGGCGUGGCCGGUAGAGAGGGAUGGAAGACAGCCACUGCAGGGAAAACCCAGAAACCUGAGCAGAACAGGGAGAGAGAGACGGAGAGAGGGAGAAACGUACAUAUACACAUUCACACGGAGGCAGAGACCGCAAAGCCUUGGAUUGAAGCGGCCAUUACGGCUGGGAAGCAUGCUGGGAGAUCAGGCGGCUCGCCUCGGAUCCACAGGACGCCGACACAGCCUGGGAUAGGAAGCCAGAGGAGCCCGGAUACGGUUUCGCCUGGAGCUCCGCCGAUUUUGGGGACGGAAACAGACACACUCCCCCCCCCCUUCUAGGGACAGUCAGCUGGGGUGUGGAGGAUUGAUUCCCUCAUAGACACACGGGAGGCACAAAAAAGCAGCAGUCGCCGGGUGGAAGCCGAUAUUCAAGGGGGGACUGGUCGCAGACAAACACACCGAGUGAUGCCACUGUGUGUUCCCGCACACACCCGCACACCGCGUAUCCCCCCAAGGAUUAUCUAACCCUGCUUGGAAGUGAGCUAGGAGGCGUUUAGUGUGCGUCAAUGCAUCGGAUUCAUUAGUUUCACGCAAGGUGCUGUUGAAUUGGACGCCGAAGAGAGGAAGGAGCCGGAGCUGGGGGCUCAUCGCACAGCAGAGCGGGCCGGGUCACUGCGGUAGUCUGCAGGCCGACCCCUCUCCACUCCCAGGCCGGCUUGCAGAGCCACCAUGGCCGGGUUCAUACCAGGACUACUGCCGACAAACCAUUCGCAGGAGAAGGAAUUCGCCCAGGCGUACGAGGAUGUGCUGGAGAGAUAUAAAGAUGAGCGGGACCGGGUGCAGAAGAAAACCUUCACUAAGUGGGUCAACAAACAUCUCAUCAAGGUGAGGAAGCACAUCACAGACCUCUACGAGGACCUGAGGGAUGGACACAACCUGAUUUCCUUGCUGGAGGUCCUCUCUGGAGUCACCCUGCCCAGAGAAAAGGGACGCAUGAGAUUUCACCGACUGCAGAAUGUCCAAAUAGCGCUGGACUUCCUCAAACAGAGACAGGUCAAACUUGUGAACAUCAGGAAUGAUGACAUCACCGAUGGGAACCCCAAACUGACGCUAGGCCUCAUCUGGACCAUCAUCCUUCACUUCCAGAUUUCAGAGAUCUACGUGAGCGGCGAGUCGGGCGACCUCACGGCCAAAGAGAAGCUGUUGCUAUGGAGCCAGCAGGCGAUAGAAGGCUACCCCGGCCUCCGCUGCACCAACUUCACCUCAUCCUGGAGCGACGGACGCAUGUUCAAUGCUCUGUUGCACAGAUACAGGCCAGACCUAAUCGACAUGGAGGCGUUGUCGCGGCAGAGUAACCGGGAGAACCUCGAGCAGGCCUUUGAAAUCGCCGAGUCGCUAGGGGUGACCAGUCUGCUGGACGCUGAGGACGUUGAUGUUCCAUCUCCAGACGAGAAGUCGGUCAUCACCUACGUCUCCUCCAUCUAUGAUGCCUUUCCCAAAAUCCCUGAGGGAGGAGAGGGCAUCGCCGCACAGGAGGUGGACCAGCGCUGGUCAGAAUACCAGUCCAGGUUCUUCUCUCUGCUCCAGUGGAGCCGCCAGCAUACGGCCCUCAUGGCCAACAAGAACUUCCCACAAAACCCUGUGGAACUCAAGGCACUUUACAACGAAUACGUCCAUUUUAAAGAGACGGAGAUCCCCGCCAAGGAGACCGAGAAAGGUCACAUCGAACACCUCUACAAACUGCUGGAGGUGUGGAUAGAGUUCGGUCGUAUCAAGCUCCCUCAGGGCCUCCAUCCCAACGACCUCGAGGAGGAGUGGGGCAAACUCAUCCUGGAAAUGCUGGAGAGAGAGAAGGCUCUCCGGCCGGCUGUGGAGAGGCUAGAACUGCUGCUUCAGAGGGCUAAUAAGAUCCAGAACAUGGCUCUGGACUGUGAGGAGAAGCUCACCCUUGCUAGGAACACACUCCAGGCUGACAUGUCUCGACUGGAGAGCGGCGAUGCAGUGCAGUGUGAGAGGGAGCUGGCGUGCUACCUGCAGGACUGCGAGUCCCUGAUCAGACAACUCAACCAGGAGCUCAAAGUCCUCCGGGAUGAGAAGUACUACCAGGUGGAGCAGAUGGUGUUCAGAGUGUCUUGCCUUCAAGAGGAGCUGGUCUCCCUCAGACUGCAGUGCUCCAGCGUCUACAGAAAAGGCCACUUCUCCCAGGCCCUGGGUACCACCGGGGCAGAGCACCCCAGCCAGAGAGCCUCGGACGGCGGCCUGACGCUGGGCCAGACCCUGCUGGGGGCCGUAGGGGCCGUGGGUGCAGUCGGAGCCGCGCUCCUGCGGCGGCCCACGGCUCGCUCCCAGCUGGUGGCCAUGUCGUCAUCGGAGGACGAAGGGAGCCUGAGGUUCAUCUACGAGCUGCUCGGAUGGGUGGAGGAGACGCAGGACCUUUUGGAGCGCGCUGAAUGGGGCGCUGACCUCCCCUCUGUCGAAAACAACCUCCAGGAGCACAACGCCGUACACACCGCGGUCGAGGAGCUGAUGAGCAGCCUGCAGGAGGCACGCAGCUACGAGGCUAAAGUAUCUCCAAACUUCAAGAGCAGUUACUCUGAAACCCUGGCCAAGCUGGAGCACCAAUACUGCAAACUACUGGAACAUUCGUCAUGGCGCCUGCGGAGCUUGGAGAGCCUGUAUGCGUUCGUGUCUCACUGCACCGAGGAGCUGAUCUGGCUCAACGAGAGGGAGGAGGAGGAGAUCGCCUUCGACUGGAGCGACAACAACGCCGGCAUGAACGCCAAGAGAGACUUAUACAGCGAAAUGAGGUUAGAGCUGGAUGAAAAACAAGAUGUGAUGCGGUCGCUCCAGGAAACGGCCAACCGCCUGUGUCUGGAGAACCAUCCAGCCAAACAGACUGUGGAGGCGUACAGCGCUGCCCUCCAGACUCAGUGGCAAUGGGUGAACCAGCUCUGUGUGUGUGUGGAGCAGCAUCUCAAGGACAACACGGCAUACUUCCAGUUCAUGAGUGAUGCUCGGGACUGUGAGUCGUACCUGCGCCAGCUCCAGGAAACCAUCAAAAGACAGUACACCUGUGACAAGAACAGCCGACUGAGCAAACUGGAGGACCUGCUGCAGGACUCAAUGGAGGAGAAGGAGCAGCUGAUCGAGUACCGGAGCACGGUGGCGAGCCUGGUGGGCCGGGCCAAGGCGGUGGUGCAGCUCCGCCCCCGCAACGCAGAGAGCACCCUGGGAGCCACGACGCCCAUCAGAGCCAUCUGCGACUACAGACAGAUAGAGAUCACGAUAACCCGCGGCGAGGAGUGUGUGCUGGAGGACAACUCUCAGAGGACCAAGUGGAAGGUGAUCAGCACGACGGGGAACGAGGCCAUGGUCCCCUCGGUGUGUUUCACCGUCCCACCUCCCAACCAGGAGGCCAUCGACACAGCCAGCAGGGCAGAGCAGCUGUACCAGAAGGUCAUGUCUCUGUGGCAUCAGCUGCACGUGAACAUGAAGAGUGUGGUGUCCUGGCACUACCUGCUCAAAGACAUCAGGACCGUCUCCGGAUGGAACCUGGACACGGUUCGCGGUCUGGCCCCGGCAGAGCGGCAGCAGGUCCUGGAUCACCUGGAGUCCCAGCUGGCCGACUUCCUGUCCGACAGUAAAGAGAGCGCCGUGUUCACGGCAGGUGAGAGACGAGAGCUGGAGAAGGACGUCCAGCAGGCCCAGCAGCACUGCGAGGACCUGCUGCUCAACAUGGAGACAGUGGAGAAGGACGAGUCGGUCUCCCGUUCGUACCUGUCGGAGCUGCAGAACAUCAACCUUCGUCUAAAUGAGGCCGAGCAGAGGCUAAUGAGGGGGAUUCAGACUCCGCCCCCCAGCCGGCUGUUAGGUGACAGCGCUGACUACACGGUCCAGAUAUCGGAGCAGGAGAAGCUGCAGUCGGAGCUGGACGCCGUGCGCUCCAGCCUGGGCGACGUGUCUCGUCGCUGCGUCGGUUUCUUCGAGGAGAAGCCGACGUCCUCCAGCGUUCCUGUCCUCCGGUCUGAACUCAACCAGGCCGUGGAGAAGACAGACAAACUCCACAACAUCUCCACUGUCUACCUAGAAAAGUUAAAAACGGUGGACAUCCUGAUGCGUAGCCUGGAUGAAGCGGAGAGCCAGGUCAGGAAGAACGAGAGCAGGCUAAGUGAAGAGGACAUUGUUCCGGCUGACACGGCGUCCAUUCAGAACCUCAGCGAUCAACUAGGGAGGUGGCAGGCCGAGCUUGUCGAGCAGGAGGGCGUCUUCCAGGCUCUGCGGUCGGAGUUGGAUCGAGCCAAAGAGGCCGGCACCCAGCUCAGCAGGCUCCACCCAGACCGCAGCCCUGAGCUGGAGCGCUACCAGGAGAGAGCCAAUCAGAUGUCAGAGAGGUGGAGCGGAGUCAAGAGACAGAUGGAGACACGACGGACUGAUCUAGACGCUCUGGGCUCGGCCCUGCAGCAGUACAGAGACGGUCAUUCGGCUCUAAUCAGCUGGAUCGAAGAAACAACAGAGAGACAAGAGAACACACAACCCGGACAGAUGGACAGCAAAGCGCUGUCGGAACAACUGGCCCAGCAGACGGCAUUAGUAGCAGAGAUUGAACAGAAUCAGGCCAAACUAGACGAGUGCCAGACUCACUCCAAAGUGUACUGCACCUCGGUAAAGGACUAUGAACUGCAGCUGAUGACCUACAGAGCCUUCGUAGAAUCCAUGCACAAGUCGCCUGUUAAGAGGAGGAGGAUGCACUCUUCCUCUGACGCCAUCACUCAGGAGUUCAUGGACUUGCGCACACGCUACACAGCCUUGGUCACCUUGACAACCCAACACGUGAAGUACAUCAGCGAUGCACUGAGAAGACUAGAAGAAGAAGAGAAAGAGGUGGAGGAGGAGAAGCAAGCCAGAGUGGGGCAGGUUUCAGACCUGUUGGGCUGGGUCAAAGGCCUCCAGGGACGGACUGGGGGCCCCAACGCCGAGUCCUCACUUGCUGCUCAACAGGCCAUCAGUGAACAGCUGGCAGCCAAGAAAGACGAAGUGGCUGAAGCCAUCAGGAGCACUCAGGUCUUCCUGCUAUCCAAACAGGCCAGCAAGUUGUCCCCAGAGGAGCGUGCUCAUGUCGAGGCUCAGCUAGACCAGCUGACGGCCACCUACAACCAGCUGUGUGAAAGCUCCACCCAGCAGCUACAGCAGCUGGAGCAGCAACUGGCCAAAGAGGAAGAAAGAAAGAACCAAAUUGCCAUUGCUGGAGUAAUUGACCUCGGAACAGUGGAAACAUUCCCAGUGUUCAAAGCAGCCCAACGUGGUCUUAUUGACCAGGACACCUGCCAUGUACUACUGGAGGCCCAGAUCAUUAUGGGUGGGCUCCUCCAGCCUGACUCCCCUCUCAAUCUUUCACUGGAACAAGGUCUAGCUCAAGGCCUUAUUGACACCCACACCAGACAGUCCCUUUCUGAGCUAGAGAAGGCCUUGCUUUUGGUGGAAAAUGCCAAGUCUACAAGUGACCAACAACAGAAUGUGUUGCCAGUAGCUGCGGCCAUGGAGCUCGGGCUGAUAAGAGAAGAGUUGGGACUUCGAAUUUUAGAAAUCCAGAUGAACACUGGAGGCCUGAGGAGCUCAAUGGGAAAAAAAUUGAGUUUAGAGCAAGCAGAUGACAAGAGACUUUUGACUCCAAGAACCCUCACCAAACUCCAGUCAAGGCAACAACAAAAAGAACUGAUCGAUCCAAACACAGCUGAAAAAUUAAACCUAAAUGAGCUACAAGAGCGCUGUGUCCUUGACGAUGACUCCGGCCUACUUCUCCUCCCUGUCAAACAGCAACCUGGAGGAACUGUCUGCCUCCGGUCUGGAAGAAAAGUUGGCAUAUUCCGCGCAGUCCAGGAAGGUCUGAUUGAUCGGAAAGUGACUGUACGACUUCUUGAAGCUCAGCUCUUUGCUGGUGGUAUUGCUGACCCACGGUCUGGCCACCGGUUGACAGUCGAUGAGGCUGUUCGUCAUGGGCUUAUGGACCAGGAUCUAGCCUGUGCCAUGUUAGCGCGACAGCUGCAAAAUGGGGGAAUUCUAGACCCUUUCAGUGGAGAACGCUUGGAUUUGGAAGAGAGCCUACGCAGGGAUCUUCUCUCUCCUCUAAUGGCUCUGUUGGUCCUUGAGUCGCUUUGGGGUUUCAUGGGAAUACUGUGGCCUGAAUCCGGAGAACUCCUGCCUAUUGUUGAGGCUCUUCAACAAGGAGUUAUCUCAGGUGAGCUUUCAAGGAACAUCCUAAAGCAGCGACAUGCCAUUGGGGCUUUGUACAACCCAGAAACCCUCCAGGUGCUUCCCCUAAGCCAGGCUGCUGAAGAGACCCUUGAGCCCAGUGUUGUCAGGUUUCUCAAGAACACCCACAUCCCAGAUGUUCUUUCCAGCAUGAACCAGUCAGGUACCCCAUCUCUAAACCGCUUGAGUUGGAGUUCCACCAGCUCCUCUCCACCUCCAUCCUCUCCAUCACCUUCAUCAUCUCCCGCAGGCCUUGUUUGGGAUACCACACCAACACAUGGAAUGGAUCCUGAAGAGCAAGCAAAACACAAGCUGCUGUUUCACCUCAUGACUCACAGCUAUGUGGAUGCUCGUUCUGGAAAAAGACUGGUGCUGCUCGACCCUGAGUUGUUGGAGUUGGUCAAAGCUACUGAACUGAUUGCUGGAGCUUCUAGAAGUCAAAUUGAGCCACAAAGCAGUUUGACCACAGAUGAGCAGGGGAAGUUGCAAUUGGUGACAGAGUUUAGUUUGGCAGAUAUAGGGACGAGUGACACACAAACUGAGGUUGAAGAAGAAAGUUCCGAUGUAGUUACACCAAGCAAAGAAGUUAAGAGGAAUGGUACAGGUAGUCUAGAAGAAAGGUAUGAUGGAGAAAAUGACAACAAGCUGCUGCACAAACCAUCAGUAACACCAGAGAGUGAUUCAGCCUUUGAAGCUAACAAAGAAAUUGGUGUAGAGAAAUAUGCAAAAGAAAAAGCUCAAAAGAAAGAAAUAACUGAUCAUGAAAGUUUAAAAGCUUCGGCUAAAAAUCUUGAAGCCCCAAAGGAGCUGGUGGCAACUGAAUUCAAACCCAGGGAUACUGGUGGCCAGCAGGGGACUACAAGUACAAACACAACAGAAGAAAGGGAAACAGCUAUGAAACCUCUCAAAUCCAUCCCACUGGGAGCAAAAGCAACUGAAAAGGUUAAAUCGAAACAAUCUGAUGAUAGGAAACAUAUAAAGCAUUCCAAGACUGAGUUAGAAUUGACCCAACAAAAGAUGCCUAUGACAGAGAAUGACUCAAAGCAUGCUAAACCUCAGAUUGAUAUCCAUGAUUCAGCAGUGGAGAAGGAAUGGGAAGAUAAUGAAUUGGCAAAGUUAGUCCUAGAACUCAAACAGGGAGGAUUGAUGACAGAGGAAGGGGAAAAGCUGCUCCCAGAUGAGGCAGUAGCCCAAGGAGUCCUUCCUGGCCAUACAGCAGUUAAAUUAAUGGCUCAGGCUGGUCUGUUUGGGGGUUUCCUAGAUGCGAGCAGCGGUGAGUCACUAAGCAUGGAGGAUGUUAUGCAGGAGGGUUUACUAGAUGAGGAUCUAAUGUGGAGUGUCCUGAAGUCAGAUAAAACACUUGCAGGGCUUGUGAAUGUAGAGAAAAAGCAGAUCUGUGGGGUAAGGGAGGCAGCUGAGGCAGGGUUGAUCGACCCCAACACCGCUGCUCGACUUUUGGAAGCACAGGUGGCGUCUGGGGGGAUCGUUGACCUACGCAGGGAUAAGAGAGUCUCUGUCACCCUAGCAGCAAACCUGGGACUGAUUGAGGAGGAUCAAAGAGAUGAGCUUAUGGCACUAGAGAAGGCAUUCAAAGGAAAGGAUAUGGAUUCAGCAACAGCCCUCACUAAAGCCAGUUUGCAGCUACAGAUGGAUGGUGUUAUUGACCCAGAGUCAAAGUCCCCAGUUCCUCUGGAGCAAGCUGUUCAGAAAGGGUUGAUUAGAUCUGAAGAGGCUUAUCAGGUGUUGGCAAGACAGGUGGCUGAGGGUGGUAUAAUACAUCAUGCUUCAGGGAUGAGGCUGUCAGUUCCUGAUGCUGUAGAUAGAGGACUAGUGGACAGGUCCAUUGCGCCUGGGCUGGAAGAACUUGAGUGGGUCUACCAAGGAAAAGUCAGCGCUUCUUCUCACCCAGAAGCUGUUGUUUUCCAGGCAUCAACCGGAGCCAUAGUAGACCCUGACUCUGGAUGUAAAUUGACAUUGACAGAGGCAGUUUCUAGAGGUCUUCUGGAUGAGAAUAUUGCCAGUGACGCAAUGGCUUCUUCUACUGUAACACGAGGACCGCUCGACCCAGAAACUGCACUCAUUGUGCCUUAUUCUGUUCUUGUAAAUAGGGGAAAGAUAGAUAUUGAAACAGGCAAACGCUUCUUGGAGGUAAAACCAUUCAGAGGUGUUCAGGAUGGUCAGACAAGAGACAUCUUAACUCUUCCUGAGGCAGUUGCAUCUAAGCAAGUUGACCCAGUUCCCGCAUUGAGGCUGCUUCAAAGCCAGGCAGACAGUGGAGGGAUCAUUGACAUCAGUACUGGGGAAAGGCUCCCCAUAUUGAAAGCCUGUGAAAGAGGUUUUGUUGAAGACAGCAUGGCCAGGGUUAUAGCCACCAACCAGUUUUUGAAAGGAGGCUUAGUUGAUCCGGCCACUGGACAACAGGUCUCUGGUCUGGAGGAUGCCAUUGCAAAAGAACUGAUCUCCAGGGACAUAGCUUCAGAGAUUCAGGAGAAAUUGGCUUCAGGGGAAAUGGAGGGGGAUAAAGGUAGCGCUACACCUGUUGCCUCAUCAAAUAGCACAUACAGCCCUGCUGUUACUAUGUCAGUGUCAAGUCCAGACAGUCCAGCAAACUUGUCAGACGUAAACUCUGAGGUGCUUUCAAGAUCUCCACUUUCAAAGAAAGGUUUAGGAAUUACACAGGACGAUGGAAAGACAUUGACAUCUGUCGUAUCAGAUCAGUCACUGUUCUAUGAACCGAAUACAGUAGAGGAAAAAAUUGAAGUGUCAGUGGAAGAAAAGGCUGCAAUUGAGCCCGACCAAUCUCUAGACCUCUUGUGUAAGUUUACUACUAAUGUUGAAAAAAGAAUCCAGGAAGCCAUAGAAGAGAUCGUACCACAGAAAAACAUUCGUAAAUCAGAGCCUCUUAUUAAGCAUGAGCCUAAUGAGAGAGUGCAAAUAGGUGCGAGUGAGACCCAAGAUAGACAAAAGGGGAACGUUUUCAGAGAUGGUGUUGGAGAAUCCAUUCAGGCACAGGUAUAUGAUAUUGACAAAGAUUCAAUAGGAGAGGUCAGAAAAGGAGUGGCUGAUUUAAAGUUGGAUGAGGAACCAGUGAAGGUUGGGGACAAGGACUGCAGACCCAGUGAUGAGAGCAUGUCAGUGGUUUAUCAUGAUUCUGAAGAUGGAAAUCAGACAGGUUUUGUGGCAGAAGAGUUUAAAGCUGAUGGAGAAAGAAAAGAUGGCAUUGAAAUGUCCAAAAUGAGUGAAGGGGAUUAUAGAAAGAGUGAUGUAGCAGCACAGAGAGAUGAUGUCAAAGACGAGAAGGGUAAAAGAGUGGAGAAAGAUAAACCUCUAAAGAUUGAUAUUAAAUCUAGCAACGACGCGGAGCAGGCAGACCAGUUAUUGACCUCGCAAGCCAAAGAGACGGAAAGCAAAAGCAAGAAGAAGAGGAAGAAUAAAAAGAACGGAAAGCACAAAGAAGCAGAGAGAGAAACACACUUUCCAGAGGUAAAGCAUCCAUCUCAAAUUGAUCAAACUGGUGCAAAUAUUGAAGGGCAGCCUGAGGCCAUUGAUGUAGUUAAAUCACAAGAAGAAUACAAGAAAUCACAGAUUCAGGGUCAGGCAGCCACAACAGGGCUUCCCAAAGGGGAAAGUGAACCAAAGAUUGACGGCAAAAUUGAGGCUCAAAAGGAUUUGGUAAAACAGGGACAGGACGCAGUUCCAGCCACUCUUGAAUUGACAAAGCAUACCAUUGAGCCAGAGAAAGAUGCAAUACAAAAUGCUUUAUUGAAGGAUACAGAAAAAGGUGAUAAGAGAGCAGAGAUGAAACUGGAGGAGCAGAAAGAGAAAGAUGAGGAGAAGGCUUCUGUCUCUCAGCAACUAGAACAACCAGAGAGCAGUCAGGAGGUAACGAAAAGCAAAGAGCAAGAGUUCCCUCAGAAAUCUGCUCUACCAAACAACGAGAAAGCAGCCCUGAUACUGAAAGCUAAAGAGAGCAUUCUUAAAAAGGUGUUUGAAAAAGGUGUGAGUGAGAAGCAGGCCGCUGAGGAGCUGCAGGCACUGCGAAAGGAGGUGGGGAAGAAGGAGAGUCAAGGCACGACUGUAAAGACACAAUCUCUGCCAGCUAAGGCCGAUGGAGUGGAGGGUCAUGAUGAUGGUGUCAAGGGACCCAAUGGUUCACCAAAAGAGAGAGAAGAAGAGAUGAGAGACAAAGAAGAGGAAAUUACAUUGAGAAGGGUCAAAGAAGAUGAGACUGAGAAGAAACUUUCUGUCAAGGACGACAUGGAGACCAAGGCUUCUUCAAAUGAGAAUGAAAAGAACAGGAGCUUUGAAAAGGAAGACCCUAAAACAGCUCCAUCAGUCCAGCCUAAAGAAACAGAGCAAAGUAAACGAAAAAAGAAGAACAAGAAGACUAAGAGUCCGAAAGUAACAGACAAAACCGAGCCUGAUACUGAGAAGUUACAGACAGAAAAAGUGGAUUCUGACGUGACAACAAAAACUACCACAAAAUCUGCAAUGGCCAAACCAGAUUCAGAUAACUUAACUUCCGCUAAGGAGAAGAAGAUAGACACACAGUCAGCCAGUGGUGUCAUAAGAUCUUCAGUUGGUGAUGGGGCAAAAGAAGCGGAGACCUUUGUGAUUAAUGUUAAAGGGGCUGAGACCGGCCAACAAAGUCUACCAUAUUUAAGUCAAUCAGAGGAACCCAAGUCUACCAUUGAGGAACUUGUGCAACUGGCAGCGGUCACAGCUGUUGGGAAAGAAGAAUCCCAUUCAAAAACCAGGAAUGCCACUGAAUCCAUUGCCUGGUCUCACAAGGCUGUCGCCUGCAAACCAGACAUCCAACCCACAGCUCAAUCAAUUGCUGCUGGCACACAACCAGAUAAAACGGGAGGGAAAGGUAAAAAGAAGAAAAAGCAUCAACCAAUUGAGGUUGAUAGCACAAAUGUUCCCGAAUCGAAAGACCAACAGCAACACCUCGAGUCUCCAGAAUCAGCGCCUUCACUCUCAGAAGACACUUCAACCGAGUCUGAAUCGCCUGGAGUCCCUGACUCUGAUACAGCCUCCGAGAGUUGGGGGGAGGGAGAUGACGAUGUCAAAGAGAGUCGAAAGUCUGUGUCAACCAAAGAGGGGAGGACACCCUCGACUGGCAAGUCUUCAUUGAUGCGCCAGGAGUGCUUGGAGCACGACCAACGAAUUGUGGCCCUGCAAUCCAUGGUCAGACACGUUGAGGUCCGACUCAAGCAGCAGCAACAGCAGUCUGUCGGUCGCAGCCUCAUCGCCUUGGAUGACAUCAUCAGACAGACUGAGACUCUGGACCUAGAAUUGCGUGACUUGGAGCCUGCGGUCAAUGGGGAAGUGGAGGCCGCUGAGGAACUGUUAAAGCCCCAACCCAGAGACGUUCCCCCGCAGCUCCUAUUGGCCCUGGAGAAGGACGGGCGGAGCUUGGCUCGGGGCUAUGAGGCAGCCAGAGCACUUUCUAAGGACAUUCUGCAAAGUCUACGGGACCAUAGAGACUCAUAUAAGGAGGCAGUAACAGCUGAGCAGAAGUCACUGGGAGGAAAAGUGGAGAGUCUGCUCUCUUGGUUGCGGGAGUCAGAGGCUCAGAUGAACGGAGGAAUGGCGGGGAUGGACAAAAUGGAGAAGGCAGAGAAAGAUGACCAUUGUGAUCAGCUCACACAGCAGCUGAAUCUCUGCAAGGAGCUCCAGUCCUCUCUGACGGCUCGCUCCGGUGAGGUCAACAACGCGGCCUUCGACAUCCAGGUGUUCAUCUCGGAGCGGGCCCAGGACCUGGCCCCCGAGCAGAGCCGGCGGCUCCUGGGGCAGCUCCAGCAGCUCCAGAGGGCCUUCCACCUGGCGUCCGGCCAAGCCCAGGCCUGGGCCGAUGCCCUCUCCGCCCAGAGAGCGAGGGAGGAGGAACGGCAGCGCAGGGAGAGAGUAAAAGAAGAGGAGAAGGACGGAGAAAGGCGGAGUGCAAGGGAGAGAGAGGUGGUUCAACAGCAGAAAGCCGAAUGCUCUCAGAAACUAGAAGGCCUCACCAUGUGGUUGGCAGGAGCUGCCAGCCUAUUGGCCAGUCAGAAAGGUGGAGCGGAGUCAUGUGACGUGAACGCCUUGCAGGAGAAGCAGAAAAGACUAAAGGAAGCACAGAAGGACCUCCAGACCAAAGAGGAAGGCAUCGCUGAGACAAUCCGCUCCGUAGAGGAGCUGCUGGCAGACCGGAGGGAGACUCUGAGCCCAGAGGAGCGGCAGAGCCUCCAGGGGGCGCUAACGAGAAUGAAGGAGCAGUACAGUGCCCUUAAAGAUUCAGCAAACACGUCGCUCUCAGAGCUGGACACAGCCAUCAGCACCACUGUACAGCAGAACACACAAAGGGCGAAGGCUGUGGAGGAUCUCCAGGAGACCCGAGGCCAGAUAGACUCUCUGCUGAACGAGUUGUCCUCCCUCGACCAACCAGGCGGGAGAGGAGCGGCCCAAGAUUCCACCGAUGCUCUGUUCUCACAGCCAGAGGGCGCUGUAAAGUCCCACACAGAGACGCUCCAGGCGGAGCUUCAGCAGCUCCAGUCUCAACAGGCCCAGCUGCUCCAGAUUGCACAGUCGACCCGCUCCCUUCUGGACCAGCCGGACUCCACUGUGCCUCCUGAAGAGAAGCAGCGUCUCCGGGCCGCCCUGGACCAGCUGCAGGCCCAGCACCAGGACCGGCUGCAGAGCUGCCAGGACCGUCUGAGGAAGUCUGAGGCUCUGAAGGAUGAGCUGACAAAGUUCCUCCAGGAACAUGGAAGUUUAGGCACCUGGCUGGAACAAAAUGAACAGGAGCUGCGUUCCCUGGGGGAAGGAGAAACCGAUGCACAGGGACUGAAGGGCAGACUGGAGGAGCACAGAAAGCUGGCUGAGGAUGUGAUUUGCCACAAGGCAGACCUUCGCUUUGUUUCCAUCUCGGGUCAGAAGGUCCUGGACUCUGUCCAAGGAGCUCUGGAGCAAGUUGGCGGUUCAGACCCGGCCCUGGACAGCACCAAGCAGCUGGUAACUGACAAGCUGCAGGAUGCUAACCACAGAUACACAACCCUACACACCAAGUCAUCAGAGUUGGGCGGCCGUCUGUCCGGCCUGUUGGAGCGGUACCAGCAGUACCAGGAUGAGGUCGUCUCCGUCCACUCUUGGCUGAGCACCCAGGAACAGAACCAAAGCAUAGCCAAGCCCGGCGGGGAGACGGACCCCCAGAACCUCCAGGACACACUACGACAAGUACAGCUGCUGCAGGACGAGCUGGCCGAGCGUUCGGUUCAGCUGGAGAAGGUGAAGAGAGCAGGAAGAGAUCUGGUCAGCACGGAAGAGUCUCCUUCCCUGAAAGCUGUUGACAUCCUUUGUGCGGCAGAUGGUUUAGAGAAGAGAUUUGGCUCCCUCUCUGCCUCCGUGUCAGAACGGGCCGAGCAGCUGCAGACGGCUGUGGCACAGUCCGUCAGUGUCCAGGAGGGCCUUAAGGGUCUGCUGAGCUGGCUGGACAAACUGGUUCUGAAUCCAGGACCAGUCGAAUCCACUUCUCAGGCUGUGCAGGACGCCCUGACCCAGAACCAGAAACUUCGCCAGGAGCUGCUGUCCAGGCAGGGCAGCGUGGAGGCAACACGAGAGUCCGUUUCCAAACUCCUCCAGAGCUCCGACGCCUCCACGGCCUCGGGCCUCCAGGGCGCUCUGGAUGAUCUGACUCAGCGCUAUGCCGCAGCACAGGCUAGCCAAGUCGAGAGUGAGGCCGACCUCAAAGGGCUGCUGCCCAGGCUCGAGGGCUACGAGCGGCUCGGGACCGACCUCCGGGCCUUCACCCAGAGCCGACUAAAGGUUCUGAGCCCGGCGGGCCAGCCGGACCGCAGCGUGGACGACUACAGGCAGACCAUUGAGGAGGUCAGGUCCGAGCUUGAGCAGGAAGCCAGCCAGCUGAAGUCCUUCUGCAGCCUCGGCACCGAGCUCAGCCAAUCGAAGGCUUUCAACAACACUCGAAGCUUAUUGGAUGACGUCAAAGGAGUGUCUGAUGAGUUCACCCAACUGGAAGCCAAUGUCAACAAAAGGUUUGCUGCGAUCCAGACCUGUGAGCAGCAGCUGCUCCAGUUCCGUGGCCUCUCCGGCUCCCUCUCCAGGUGGCUGCAGACAUCACAAGACCAGCUGCCGGCCAAAGAGGCCAACCUCAACACAGAGGGCCUGCAGAGGAGAGUCCAACAGCUCAAGGACUUGUUUAAUGACUGGGAGUCUCAGGGAUCAAGGGUUCAGGAGCUGAACAAGUCGGGCUCAGAGCUGGAGUCCCUAAUCAUUGACGUCACCGCUCCUCAGACCAAAACUGGUGCUCCUCACAUCAAUGGCUCAUCAGGUCCCAGCAGUGUCAAUGGCAUUCACACCUGUAAAGACCUAACGGAGCUCCAGGUCGCCGUGUCCGACGUGAAUGGUCGAUAUGAGACGCUGGGAGGGGAGCUGAAGGAGCGCCUCGGUCGCCAGAAUACCUCGCUGGAGCUGAGGCAGAAGGCCACGCAGGGCACCGACGAGCUCAAGAGCUGGCUGACAGACAGAGAGCACAGCCUGAAGCAGGGACAGACCGCCUCCCCCUCCAAACCUGAGGCGGUCCGCGCCCAGGCCCAGGAGAACAAGGCCCUGCUUUCAGAGCUGGCAGAGCACUCCGGAAGGGUGGAGGAGCUGAAGAGCACGCUGAGGAAGCUGAUUGCUGACAAUCCGGAUUCUCCGGAGGCAGACACCUGGAGACAGCAGCUGCAAGACAUCGACUCCCGCUGGCAGACGGCCAACCAGACGGCGGCCCAGAGGCAGACUGAGCUGGAGACGUGUGCCGACCGGCUGGGCAGCUUCGCCUCAGCAGCCAGUCAGCUGGGCCCGUGGCUGAGGGAGAAGGAGCUGAUGAUGAGCGUGCUCGGACCGCUGAGCAUCGACCCCAACAUGCUCAACACGCAGAAACAACAAGCACAGUUCAUGCUGCGAGAGUUCGAGACAAGGCGGCCACAGUUUGACCAGCUGACCCAGUCCGCCGAGGGGAUCCUCUCCCAGACCGGCGACUCCGCUCAGGACCCCAAGGACCUGGCUGAGGUCCGGUCCGAGCUGGGCUCCAUCACCCAGCAGUGGGAGGACCUUACAAACCGACUGACCCAGAGAACAAAUCACAUCGACCAGGCCCAAGGAACCAGCGGGCGGUAUCAGGCCUUGCUCCGAGAGCUCUCCUCCAGUGUUUCUACUCUGGCUGAGAGGCUGGACGGUCAGGCCUCGCUGAGCGCCCAACCCGAGGCUCUGAAACGCCGCCUGCAGGAAACCGGUGAGAUCCGCUCGGAGCUGGAGAGACGGCGCGCCGAGAUGGCCGAGGCCGAGCGGCUCUGCGAGGAGCUGAGCACCAUCGUGGCCGAACCCUACCUGAAGGAGGAGCUGAGUAAACGGCUGGAGAGUGUCAGCGGCCCGCUGAAGAACUUGGAAGAGCGCGCAGCCGACGGCCUGUCUCAGCUACAGGCAGCCCUGUCGUCCACCCAGCAGUUCCAGCAGAUGUUCGAGGAGCUGCGCUCCUGGCUCGACAAGCGGGCCGAUCCCAGAGAGUCCCCCAGCGACUCUCUGCCCUGUCGGCCGGACGCCGUCCGCUCCCUGCUUGCACAGACGGACGACCUCCAGCGUGCUAUUGCCAGCCAGCGGGGUUCCUACGAGCUUAUUCAGGGUGAGGGGGCGUCACUGCUCGCCUCCCUCCCUGCCGGCGGAGAUGAGCGGUCCGCCCUGCAAUCCCGCUUGGCUUCCCUGAAGCAGGACUGGGAGGGGCUGAACCAGAAGGUCUCGGAGCGGGAGAGCAGACUGAAGACCACACUGAGCAAAGCGGAAGCCUACCAGCAGCACAAGGACGAGCUGGUACCAUGGUUGGCGGAGUGCGACCAGAAAGACGGAGAGAUCCAGCCGUCACUGGACUCUUCUGCCCUGGAUGAAGCCCUGCAGAAGGCCCGGGGUCUGACACUGGACCUGGAAAGACGACGACCUCUUCUCGAGGCCUUCAAUACUUCAGCAGAUCAGCUGCUGGAACAAUGCUGCAUCGGGGAGGAGGAAGUACGAGAUGAGAAGGCCCAGCUGAACCGUAGGGUGGACGGACUGGGCGAGAGGCUCAACAACCGUACCUCCCAGCUGGAGGAGCUGGCCGGCCGCCUGAAGGAGUUUGAAGAGGGCCGGCAGGCUGCAGAGAGGAGACUGGAGGCUGCCAAGCACCAGAUCGAAGUCCAGGAGGCUCUGGGACCACAGGCAUGCAGUGCAAAGAGCCUGGAGCGACUGAGAAGUCAGCAGGAGAGCCUGAGGUCCCUGAAGCCUCAGGUGGUCUACCUCAGAGAUCUGGCCCAGGGGCUGGUACAGGACGCGCCCCAGACACUGGCAGGCAGCACCGAGGGGGCACAGAGGCUUCAGGAGCAGGCCAGAGACACGGAGAAGGAGUAUGAGGGAGUAACCGACAAGAUCGAGCAGUGCUGCUCCUCCCUGGAGUCCCGGCUGCAGGGCGUCGGUGAGGUUCAGUCCCAUGUCCGUGACGUCUUCUCCCGCAUCGCCGACCUCGAUGACGAGCUGGACUCCCUCAGCCCCGUCGGACGCGAUGCGGACUCCCUGGCCUCCCAGGCCGACGCCCUGAAGGGCUUCCUGACGCGACUGGCCGACCUCAGGGCGGAGCUGGACGGUCACACGACAGAAUGCACCACCAUGCUGCGGCGGGAAGGCUCCUCCCCCGACCUCCUGGCUCUCAGGAGGGAGUCGGAGGCUCUGAGUCGCCAGGCGGGCAAGCUGAGUGAACGCGGCCAGGCCAGGUUAGACCAGAUCGAGGAUGCAGCCGAGAGGGUCCGGGAGUUCUACAGGCUGGUGGGCGAGCUGCAAGGCCUGCUGGGAAGGGCCGAAGACGGGCUGAACGCACAGGGCAUAGUCGGCACCGAGGUGGAGAUGAUCAAACAGCAGCUGCAGGAGUUUAAGGCUGUGGAGAGAGAGCAGGUGGACAGCAUCCAGCCAAAGCUGCAGCACAUCAACGCAGUGGGUCAGGGUCUGAUCCAGAGCGCCGCCAAACACACAGAUACCCAGGCCCUGGAGCACGACCUGGAGACCACCAACCUCCAAUGGAACUCACUCAACAAGCGGGUGGCAGAGCGCAUCGCCCAGCUGCAGGAGGCCCUGUUGCAUUGUGGGAAAUUCCAGGAUGCACUGGAGCCUCUGCUGAGCUGGCUGAGCGACACGGAGGAGCUGGUGGCAAACCAGAAGCCCCCGUCAGCCGAGUACCGCGUGGUCAAGGCCCAGAUCCAAGAACAAAAGCUGCUCCAGAGGUUGCUAGAUGAUCGCCGGCCGACGGUGGAGAUGAUCCGCGCCGAGGGAGAGAGGAUCGCAGCCACGGCAGACACUACAGACCGCGAGAAGAUUCAGACCCAACUCCAGAGCCUGGCGGAGAGAUGGACCGACCUGCUGGACAAGGCCAGUGGCAGGCAGAGGCAGUUGGAGGAGCUGCAGGUUCUGGCCCUUCAGUUCCACGAAGCCCUGGAUCCGCUGGGAGAAUGGCUCAGUGCCACCGAGAGACGCCUGAGCUCCGCCGAGCCCAUGGGAACCCAGACGGCCAAGAUCAGCCAGCAGAUCACCAAGCACAAGGCGGUCCAAGAGGACGUGUCCUCGCGCCAAGCCGAGGUGGACCACCUCGAGUCCCUCAGCCAAUCGCUGACGCCGCUCAGCUGCGCAGCCGACCGUGAUUGGCUGAGUGAGCGAGUGGGGGCGUUGAGGUCGGGUCACUCGGAGCUCACCGAUUGGUGCUCCCGGCGGGCAGGCAUGCUGGAGCAGGCGCUGGCUAACGCCCAGCUGUUUGGGGAGGAUGAGGUAGAGGUGCUGAACUGGCUGGCGGAGGUGGCUCAGAGGCUGGGUCAGGUCUCCGUCCACAGCUACCAGCACCAGCUGCUGGCCGAGCAGCACAAACAUGCUCUGUCUCUGAAUGAAGAGAUUGUGAGCAGAAAGAAGACAGUGGACCAGGCCAUCAAGAAUGGACAAGCCUUACUCAAACAGACCACAGGCGAGGAGGUUCUGCUGAUCCAGGAGAAGCUGGACGGCAUCAAGUCCCGCUACGCCGAGAUGACGGCCGGCAGCAGCAAGGCCCUCCGCACCCUGGAGCAGGCCCUGCAGCUGGCCACGCGAUUCGCCAGCGCCCAUGACGACCUCAACCAGUGGCUGGACGGCGUGGAGGCAGAGCUCAGCAACGUGGAGCCCGACGCCGCGCCCGCCUACCAGGACAGACAGAAGGAGCUGAAGAAAGUUUCGGCGGAGAAGCGGCUGGUGUUGGACACGGUGAACGAGGUGGGCAGCGCCCUGCUGGAUCUGGUGCCAUGGCGAGCACGUGAGGGCCUGGACCGCCUGGUCGCUGAUGCCAACCAGCGCUACCGCCAGUCCAACGAAACCAUUACUCAGCGGGUGCAGCUGGUCCAAGCUGCCAUCCAGAGGUCACAACAGUACGAGGAGGCAGUGGAUGCAGAGCUGGCCUGGGUCGGAGAGACGGAGCGCAAGUUGGCGUCUCUGGGGCCGCUGAGCCUGGAGCCGGACGUGACGGUGGCCCAGAUGCAAGUGCAGAGGGCCUUCAACAUCGACAUCAUCCGACACAAAGACACCGUGGAUCAGCUGCUCGGCACCAGAGACGACAUCCUGGAGACGUGCAGCGACGCCCAGAAGGACGCACUAAUAGUGAAGACAGAUUCUCUCAGCACUCGUUACGACGCGGUGAGCCAAAGCCACAGCGAACGGUUCUCAGCUCUGGAGCAGGCCCAGGUUUUGGUUGCACGGUUCUGGGAGACCUACGAGGAACUGGAGCCGUGGCUGGGCGAGACCGAAACCCUUAUCACCCAGCUGCCACCACCGGCCAUCGACACGGACGCUCUCCGCCUGCAACAGGACCAGAUGAGGCUGCUCAGGGAGUCCAUCGCAGAGCACAAGCCCCACAUCGACAAGCUGCUGAAGAUCGGGCCCCAGCUGGCCAAGCUCAGCCUCCAGGAGGGGGCGACGGUGACGCAGCGCUACACGGAGGCAGAGAGGCGCUACCUGGCCAUCAAAGAGGGGGUCAAAGGUCGUGCAACAACCUUAGACGAGGCCGUGUCCCAGUCUGCACAGUUCCACGACAAGAUGGACCCCCUGCUGGAGACCCUGGAGGGGGCGGUCCAGCGGCUGCGGCAGCCUCCCCCCGUGGCGGCGGAGGUGGAGAAGAUCAGGGAGCAGCUGGCGGACCACCGAGCACAGGGCCUGGAGCUGGACAAACUGCUGCCGAGCUUCUCCGCCCUCUGUGCCCGCGGCGAGGAGCUCAUCGGGCGAGCCGCUCACGACGAUCCAGCCGCUCAGGCCGUUCGGACCCGCCUCCUGCGCCUUCGCUCCCUGUGGGACGAGAUCCGGCAGCGGGCCGAGGAGCGUGAGGGGAAGCUCAACGACGUCCUGGACCUGGCCGGGAAGUUCUGGGCCGACGUGGCGGCGCUGCUGAGCACGCUCCGGGACUCCCAGGACAUCGUGAAAGAGCUGGAGGACCCCGGCGUGGACCCCUCGCUCAUCAAACAACAGAUUGAGGCUGCUGAGGCCAUUAAGGCCGAGACGGAUGGCCUGAGGGAGGAGCUGGAGUUUGUCAGGACCCUCGGAGCCGACCUCAUCUUUGCUUGUGGAGAAACAGAGAAACCUGAAGUCAAGAAGACCAUCGAUGAGAUGAACGGUGCCUGGGACGGCCUGAACCGGACGUGGAGAGAGAGGAUGGAGAGGCUGGAGGAGGCCAUGACGGCGUCCGUGCAAUAUCAGGACGCACUGCAGUCUAUGUUUGACUACCUGGACAACGCAGUGAUCAAGCUUUGCGAAAUGUCGACUGUGGGAACUGAUCUGGGAACUGUCAAACAGCAGAUUGAAGAGCUCAAGCAGUACAAGGUGGAGGUCUACCAGCAGCAGAUCGACAUGGAGAAGCUGUGCCACCAGGGGGAGCUGCUGUUGAAGAAGGUGUCGGACCAGACGGACAGGGACAUGAUCCAGGAGCCACUGAUCGAGCUCCGACACCUCUGGGAAAACCUGGGGGAAAAAAUCACCCACAGACAGCACAAGCUUGAGGGCGCCCUGCUGGCCCUGGGUCAGUUCCAGCAUGCCCUGUCUGAGCUGCAGGCCUGGCUCAACCACACACACGCCACUCUGGACACACAGCGACCAAUCAGCUCCGACCCCAAGGCCAUCGAAAUAGAGCUGGCUAAACACCACGUUUUGCGUAACGACGUCCUGUCCCAUCACGCCACAGUGGAGAACGUGAACGGCGCGGGCGCCGAGCUGCUGGAGUCGUCUCCCGGUGACGAGGCCAGCCACCUGAGGGACCAGCUGGACCAUCUGAACCAGGGCUGGGAAAGCCUACUGCUCAAGACCCAGGAGCGGCAGAAGCUACUGGAGGCCGCCCUGCAUCAGGCUGAAGGUUUCCAUGGCGAGUUGGAGGAGUUCCUCCAGUGGCUGCGGAGGACAGACAGCCAGCUGUCCGCUGCCAAGCCGACAGGCGGUCUCCCUGAAACGGCCAGGGAGCAGCUACAGCAACACCUGGAGCUUCAGGCCCAGCUGUCUCAGCGAGCGGACCAGUACCACCGUCUGCUGGAUCAGGGAGAGUCCAUGCUGCUGGCUCGCGGAGGAGAAGAAGCAGGACCCGGUACCACACAGACCCAGCAGAACCUGGCCAUGCUGCAGAACAAGUGGGCCAGCUUCAACACCAAGAUGGACGACCGCAGGGCAAAGCUGGAAGAGGCUGUCUCCUUGGCAACAGGUUUCCAGACCUCUCUGCAGGACACCAUCAACUGGCUGACCCAGGCUGAGCAGACCCUGAACAUGGCCCAGCCCCCCAGCCUCAUACUGGACACUGUCCUCUUCCAGAUCGAUGAGCACAAGGUAUUUGUGAACGAGGUGAACACCCACAGGGAGCAGGUCCUGGCUCUGGAGAAGGCCGGCUCUCAGCUGCGCUUUGCCAGCAUGAAGCAGGACGUCGUUCUCAUCAAGAACCUGCUGCUCAGCGUCCAGGCCCGCUGGGACAAGCUGGUCCAGAGGUCACUGGACCGUGGGCGACACCUCGAUGAGGCCCGCAAACGCGCCAAACAGUUCCACGAGGCGUGGAGGAAGCUGACAGACUGGCUAGAAGAAGCCGAGACAAGACUGGACUCAGAGCUGGAGAUCUCCAACGAGCCGGACAAGAUCAAAGUACAACUGGCCAAACACAAGGAGUUCCAGAAAGCCUUAGGGUCGAAGCAGCCGGUUUACGACACAACAGUGAGGUCUGGGAGGGCCAUGAGGGACAAGGCUCAGCUGCCGGCAGACACCCAGAAGAUGGAACACCUGGUGGGUGAGGUCCGCGACAAGUGGGACACCGUGUGUGGCAAGAGCGUGGAGAGGCAACACAAGCUAGAGGAGGCUCUGCUGUUCUCAGGCCAGUUUGCAGAGGCUCUCCAGGCCCUGGUGGACUGGUUGUACCGGGUAGAGCCCCAGCUGGCCGAAGACCUGCCCGUCCACGGAGAUCUGGAUCUGGUGUCCAACCUCAUGGACUCCCAUAAGGCUUUCCAAAAAGAGAUGGGUAAGAGAACCAGCAGCGUUCAAGCUCUGAAACGUUCGGCUCGGGAGCUGAUGGAUACCGGCCGCGAUGACACGGCGUGGGUCAAAGUCCAGGUUCAGGAGCUCAGCAACCGCUGGGACACGGUUUGCGCGCUGUCGGUCACCAAGCAAACCCGCCUUCAGCAGGCCCUCAAACAGGCGGAGGAGUUUCGCACGGCGAUACAGGUCCUUCUGGAGUGGCUCUCCGAGGCAGAGCAAACGCUCCGUUUCCGCGGCGUCCUCCCCGAAGAGGCCGAAACUCUGCAGGCGCUGCUGCACACACAUCGCGACUUCAUGGGCACCGUGGAGGAGAAGAGGACAGAUGUCAACAAGGCUGCCGGCAUGGGAGAGGGCAUCCUGACCGUUUGUCACCCUGACUCCAUCACCACCAUCAAACACUGGAUCACCAUCAUUAGGGCACGCUUCGAGGAGGUGCUGACGUGGGCCAAACAGCACGAGCAGCGGCUGGAGACGGCUCUGACCGAGGUGCUCAACAAUGCCAACCUGCUGGAGGAGCUGCUGUCAUGGCUCCAGUUUGCUGAGACCACAUUGGUCCAGAAGGACACGGAGCCGCUUCCUCAGGACAUCCCACAACUCAAAACACUCAUCACAGAACACCAGAUGUUUAUGGAGGAGAUGACGAGGAAGCAGCCAGAUGUUGACAAAGUGACCAAGACCUACAAGAGGAAACCAUCUGAGCCUCCCAGCAGCCUGGCUGAGAGGAGAGGAGCCCGCAAACAGCAGCAGCAACAGCAGCAGCAGCAGCAGCAGCAGGCAGCCAUGCAGCUCUCGGGAGGAAACCCCAGACUCAACCAGCUCUGUGCCAGGUGGCAGCAGGUUUGGCUGCUGGCUCUCGACCGCCAGCGCAAACUCAACGACGGCCUGGACCGACUGGAAGAGCUCAAAGAGUUUGCCAACUUUGACUUCGAUGUGUGGAGGAAGAAGUACAUGCGCUGGAUGAACCAUAAGAAGUCUCGUGUCAUGGACUUCUUCAGACGCAUCGACAAGGACCAGGAUGGAAAGAUCACGCGUCAGGAGUUCAUCGACGGCAUCCUGGCAUCAAAAUUCCCCACCAGUAAGCUGGAGAUGACAGCAGUGGCAGACAUCUUUGACAGAGACGGAGACGGUUACAUCGACUACUACGAGUUUGUUGCUGCUCUGCACCCAAACAAGGACGCCUACAGACCCACCACCGACGCUGACAAGAUAGAAGAUGAGGUGACUCGGCAGGUGGCCCAGUGUAAAUGUGCCAAGAGGUUCCAAGUGGAGCAGAUAGGAGAGAACAAAUACCGGUUCUUCCUCGGAAACCAGUUCGGUGACUCUCAGCAGCUGCGUCUGGUGAGGAUUCUGCGCAGCACUGUGAUGGUGAGAGUUGGAGGCGGUUGGAUGGCUCUGGAUGAGUUCCUGGUCAAAAAUGAUCCAUGCAGAGUGCAACAUCCAGGACUUAAGAUUCUCCGCUCCGAUUCCAGUAGCUCCAUCUCAUCUCGUAUAGCUCGCGGUCGCACCAACCUGGAGCUCAGGGAGAAGUUCAUCCUCCCUGAAGGAGCGUCUCAGGGCCUGGCCGCCUUCCGCUCCCGAGGCCGACGCUCCAAACCGGGCUCCCGCAACGCCUCGCCCACCCGCUCCUCCUCCUCUGCCUCCCACAGCGGAGCCUCCCUCCCCUCCGCUCCCUCCACACCUGCCACGCCGACGGCCUCCGCAUCGUCCAGGUCCUCCCAUACUUACUCGCGUGACUAUGCCAAGCCCUGGCUGGCUCACAGUAAAACUCCAACGCCAACCAAGUGCCAGUGCUGCCCAGAUCUCGGUCACGGCCACACCACUCCUGGGCACGAGGGGGCGACGUCGGGGUCCAAACUGAAGAGGCCAACGUUCCACUCGAGCCGAGGCUCGCUUACCGGAGAGAACGGAGGAACAACGCACUCCAGCAAACCGACACGAACCGAUCCGAAGCGAGGGCGUCCACAGCCAGUGGCCCGGCCAGCCGAGCCGGCAGCCGGGCGGGCAGCAGAGCCAGCAGUCGCCGUGGCAGCGACGCCUCGGACGCAUCAGAGCUCCAAGACGCUCGCUCCGUCUGCUCCGACGCCUCGGACACCCCGCGACGACCCGGGGCCAAACCCUCCAAGAUUCCCACCAUCUCCAAAAAGGCCCCCAGUCCGAAGGGCCCCAGCCCGAAGGGCCCGGGGUCGGCGAAGAAAUAACUCCAGUCUCUGAGAAACUGGAGCAGAACCGUUACCCGUCCAUUUACAGAGGGUUGACUGCUAACAUAGGCCACUUUCAGUCUGAGAUCCAUCCACAGGGCUAGUGUAGAGUUUGUGCACUAUGACUGACAUUUUCCAGGGGAAAGAAGGAGAUGGAUAGGAUGAGUGAAUCUCCUUCUCACUCUUUUCCCUGGUCUCAUAAACGGACUGAGAACCUGCACAAGGGGAGCAGAAUCGAGGUCUGGCAGUCCGGGCCAGAAUCCGUGGAGCCGAACUGGACUUUUCCCCUUUAAGAGACCGACCCCAUUUUGCCUUCCAGUCUCCUGCUUCAUCUUUCAAAAGUUCCCCACCAGUGUGGAACCGAACAACAAACUGACUUGACGUGAUGCUGCCUUACUCAAAUGCUUCUGUCCGGAUCGGACAGAGCAACUGCUUUAUACCACACUGACACACAGACACACACAGGGAGUGGGACACACCACCACUACCACGGCUACGAAAACAAAAAAACAACAUUCAAGAAAAAAAAAAAAAAAGAAGAAACAAUUGCGGGUCAUUAUUUUGGCCUGUGGGCUAGAUGCCUCUGCGAUGAGUUACAAAGAAAAUAUGCAAUGGCCGCCGUCUCGCUUCCUCCAGACUGGUCGGAGAGAAAAAUGGUCACCUCAGCAGAUCUGCACAAAGCAGCCCCCACGUGUGAAGAGCUCAGGAGGCGGGAAACGAAGUCCGACAAACACACACACAAACACACUCGCACACCAGCUAACCUCAGACUCAGAGGGUCGUUUGUGGUGACUGCGGAGGUGGUGGUGCUGCUGCAGCUGAGGGCAAACACUCACACACUCAAACACCGCAGAGCAGACUCCUCCCGACCACCGGAACGUCAGGAUCAGCCUUGUGUGUGCAUUUCAGCAAAGGGCGGUGUGGUUUUGUCGUAACAAUCCAACACACAGAAAAUCACAAACUGGCAGUAGAGAGGACUGUCUUUCUGGUGACACACCCGACUUACAGCACAUUACUGACAAUAUACCACAUGUGAAACCUAACCCGAUGUUCGACAACCAGCAUGCACUAAUUGUCUCUUCCUCUGCAGAUCCACCUUAAUGUCUAUGCUGCGUUGCCCUUAGCAACCCAGCAGCACACACACACUCUCAAACACACACACGUGGUGUGUAUUAUGUGUGUGAUUGUUACAGGAAAUGAUAGAGGUCGUUGACUUGAGUCACUGUAUGCAAAAAAAUUAAUUUGCGAAUGUCAUUUUUGUUUUUCUUCUUGUUGUUUUCUGGUUAAUUUAUAAUCCAGUUGUACUUUUGUUAUUUAGCUUGAAAGAAAAAUCUAUUUAUUUUUCAGUGUCAUGUCAUAUCACCUUUCGCAGAGAGUGAUUUAGUAUUAUGGUUAAAGAAAUUGAGUUUUUUUGUACCAAGGAAAAAUGUCCGCUCGGCUCUUUAACAUUACUUGUGUGUGUUUCUACUUCAUUGUAACUUUACAUUAUUCACUAGGUCGCUGAUUCUGGUGGCAGCCUUGUUUGUUCAUUUUUAUUUUUUUCCUUUUCCUUUUUUUUUUGCUAAUGACUUCAAUUCCCAGAUCAUGACCAAAGGGGUUUGCCCUUCAUGUGUAGAGAGAACUACAACUAUGAAUGACAGGGAAACCUGGACGGAGCGGACCAAUGAGAGCAGGUUUCCUCCCUCAUGUCCCUCCCCAGUGUUUCUUCCUCUAGGCUUUCCUUUUUCUUCAAAUGACUGUCAGUGAAGGGACCGAGUUGUCUCUGUGUUAUCUCAGUGUAAGAGAUGAAGUCUAUGAAAAACGAAUGAAAUUACAGUAAGAAAGAAUACAUCUUAAGGUGAUUUUUAUUUAUUUAUUGUCUCUGAGGGGAGGGGGGUUCGGGGUGCAGGGGACGAGUCCUCCACCUUUUGAUGCUGUGCUACUCUGUGUGAUGACGAACAUGGAGGGAGGGAGGGGUGUUACUAGGAGUCAAUGGUGUAAAAGUAAAACAAAAAACUAAAAUUAUAAACAUUUUUUGUUCUGUUUUUGUAUUAAAAAAAUAUGCUUGCAGUAAAACCCUCUUGUUUUUGAUUUUUUUAAUAGCCCAAUGGUCUCUGCAAAUAUGGAAACAUCUGUCUGUGUGUGGGACGUUGAAUGCUGUAUGUAAAUGUUGGUAAUACAAGAGCUGAAAUGGUCAGCUAUUUUGAUAAUUGAUUCAUUGUUGAAGUAAUUUAA